AUGCACACCCGAAUCCUUUUCUUUAUCGUUUUUCUCUUGAUACCUCCUUCCUCGAAAGCUUCUCAUCUCACAUAUUCCACAUCCACUCGCCUCAAGUCUGUCCCAGACUUCAAUCACUCUUCCCGUGUCAAACUUCGUUCCCUUCACUCUCUCUCGUAUGAACAACAAACCGCCCAUCUCAAACUUCCUUCACUGUCGCGAUCUGACAACGGCCGCAAUCUCACGGGACAGGGCUGCAAAAGAGAUUCGGACUGUCUCCAUCCCCGCCUUUGCACCGACGGCCAGGGUGAAAAGUGCGACGGCAAGCUAUGCGUCUGCGCCCCAAUUCCCGCACUGGAAUGCAAGCGAAAUUCCGACUGCACUCCAGGGGAAGUCUGCGCUGUAUUCGUGCUAGAUGGCAUUCCGACUGAAGGGUCCGCGCUUUGUGCCGAGAAAGACUAUGUCGACAGCAACAUCACCCAAUUUGAACGAAUCUACAGAGGGCUGACGUGGGACGCGUGCGUAACUACGACCGACUGCGAAGGAAAUCGAGAAUGCAGGUCUGUCCUACCAGAUGAUCAAAAUGAGUGCCUUGGCGACCGACCGGAGUGCUACUGCUUCGGCUCUAUUGAAGACUGUGUAAGCUGCACGCAAUGCAGCCAUCCAGACGAGGUCUGUGCCAAUAAGACCGAUGUCACACAAGGCGGACUUCAGUUUUGCGUCUCAAAAGUAGCAGAAGAAAGGGAGGUCUUCUUGACGUCACUUUGUCGUAGCGAGACACCCUCCGUCGCCCCGGAGCCUGUUGUGAGCCUGACCCCGAAGCCAACCGAACCGGCGGCUUCAUCAGACGAACCAUUAUCUACGCCACAGCCUAAACCGAUCGACGAAGAGAAUCCCGCUAACACGUCUUCCGCCUCGUCAAGUACUCCACCCUUCACAACCGGCGGUCUUACCUGGGAUCCCUGUCGAUCGACAGACGAAUGCAAAGGAGAGAGAACUUGUGAGAUCGUAACCAAGGAAGAAGCAAGGCUGGAAUGUAACAACGAUCAAGAAUCAAUAUGUAACUGCAUUCCCGACAGAGUCAUAUCUUGUGCUAGCAAUGCAGAUUGCGAAGCGUCUGGGGAGAUAUGUGCGGAAAGGACAGACGUUGGGAGAUCACGUCUGUUCUGUAUUUCUCAAAGAGCCGAAGAAGUUCUAGACUUUUUCGAGCCUGUUACACCGUCACCUACCCCGUUGAUCACUUCCAAUCCUCCUCCCGCCGACACACCAGAGCCAUUCGUCUGCAUAGAUGCUAGAAUAUUAUCGCAUUUGGCGGCGGAAGAGCUAAUAUUUAAAAAGCAUGCUCAUGCGACCGUCCUCUGCGACAAAAAUGAAAGCUGUGCUACUCCUGCACACAUGGUCAUCUUCAAUGAUGAGACGAUGAUGAUGAAAUCUUACUGCUCCAUUGUCAGCUGCAAGGAAAUGGCGAUGCUAGUAAAUAGUCCAAGAUAUCGCCGCGGAAUGACGGUUGAGACCUACACCAAUGGUCUCCAGUUUACUUCGUUCGCUGCAAGGUAUGGGACUUUGAUAGAGGAGAGAAUACUAUCAUCAGUUAUUCGACAUGGGUUCUAA